UGAUUUUUUAUUUUUAUUGUUUUAUUUAUUUAUUUUAUUUCCUCCACCAGACGCGGUAUGGACAAAUAUAGAAGCCAAAUGCACGAAGCUCAUCAGGAGCUUGGCUGCACCAUGUCUUUCUAAAGUUCAUACACUUUCACCAUGUAGUCCUGUUUUGGUCUUUUUAGCUCACACAUCCCAUUACUAGGCAAAGCAAAUGCAUUCACUUUGGCAAAUUUUAUCUAAUCUGAAAACAAAGUUUUUAGCCGAUUUAAACACUUCAAUGAGAGGCCAUUUUGGCUGGAUUCUUUCUCUGUGCUCUGGCAACCCGGGUGCUUGCGCUUCCGGAAAACACAGAUAAACAUGGCGGCCUGCACAGGUUCAGGUGUCGUGGUUCCAAGAAAUUUUCGUUUGCUGGAGGAGUUGGAGGAGGGCCAGAAGGGCUAUGGAGACGGUACUGUGAGCUGGGGGCUGGCAGACGAUGAGGAUACAUCGUUAACCUACUGGACAGGCGUUAUCUUUGGACCGCCAAAGACUGCUUAUGAAAACAGAAUAUACAGCCUGAAAAUUGAAUGUGGACCCAAAUACCCCGAGCACCCUCCACAUGUGCGCUUCAUAACUCAGAUCCACAUGAAUGGAGUACACAGAUCAACUGGGGUGGUGGACACAAAGGCGGUGCCCUCUUUGGCCCGAUGGAAGGCCAAUUACUACAUUCGGACGGUACUGCAGGAGCUCAGACACCACAUGAUGGCAAAAGAGAACAGCAAACUGUCCCAGCCCUCCGAAGGCCUGGUGUACAGCAACUGAAGCCCCCUCCCUCCGGCCCCCCACACACACCACACAUUCAACACUAAGUCCACACAGGGCUCAUGGGUCAGCCCUCACCAGUGCCCCCAAGCGCACCAAGCAGACCUGCUCACUCGGUCACAUCAUUCCUAUAGAGCUCGGCGUAACAUUUUUAACUUGAUCGAGUGUCCUGAUUUCAUGCGCACCAUUGAUUUUGAGAUUUGAGAUUCAUACUAUAAUCACCGUGGUAAAGAAUGUCAGCUGGUGUAGAAAAGAGAAUUCUGUUCUAAAUCUCUAUUCAGAAUGAAAGUGCUUAAAGAAUGUUGGAUGGGACUUUAUUUCUUCCAUUAUUCUCAUUCUACAGUCAAAUUCAAUAGUAUCUGAAUUAAAUUUUAAACCAAAUCAAGAAAUAAUAGCUACUGGGUGCAAGACGCUUUUGAUAUUGGCUAUUUAACAGAUUCCCUUUGGUUGAUUCCCAAGCAUUAAUAGAAAACAUAAUAUUUUAGUUUCAAUUGUUAGAUUGUCAAUAAGAUUUAUGUGGAUGUAGGCAUGAUCAUUAUAAACCUUGAAUCAUGGUUGUGGCAAAGUCGCAAUAGUUUUACAUUAAAUUAUCCAAAAUUUACAGAUAAAGUGGUGGUAGGAUGUAAUAGAAAUCAUCUUUUAAGUGACAUUCUCCAGGAAUAAAAGAAUUUGCCAGUGCUGGGUCCAGUUUCCAUCCUUGGAUGAUUCUCCCGCUGAUGUGAAAUGACAGUGUUGUGUCUGGUAUAUGGAACCAUCUGCUAAUUAGCUCUUUAGGCUAUCAGACGUGUCUUGUGUGCCAUAUGGUUCAAAAAGGUGAUGGAUGGCAGUGUUGGAGGUGGGGUGGAGCACUGUCAGGAUUCCCACUGUACUAUGGCCUGUACCGAGCAGGUGGAGCUCUUUUUGUUUGUUCUUGUUUGUAUAUCUUAUUUGGGUUUCUGGACAUGUUUACUCUUUUUCUCAUACAGCAUAUGUUCACUGAACGCGUUGUACGGCUUUGGAUGUUUAUUUUAUAAUGGGAUUAAAAGGGCGGCAGUGACCUAUUGCAUGAUUUUAUUGAAUUAAACGUUAUUACUUUUG